AUGGCCAGGCUGCCUCACAGGAUUGUCAAGGAAAUCCAGGGUUUAUUGGCAGAAUCGGUCCCUGGAAUAAAAGCAGAACCAGAUGAAGUCAACGCACGUCAUUUUCAUGUGGCCAUUGCAGGUCCACAGGAUUCCCCCUUUGAAGGAGGGACUUUUAAGCUUGAACUUUUCCUUCCAGAAGAAUACCCAAUGACAGCUCCUAAAGUACGUUUCAUAACCAAAAUUUAUCAUCCUAAUGUGGAUAAGUUGGGAAGAAUAUGCUUAGAUAUUUUGAAAGAUAAAUGGUCACCAGCGCUACAGAUCCUUACAGUUCUGCUCUCAAUCCAGGCUUUGUUAAGUGCCCCCAAUCCAGAUGAUCCAUUAGCAAAUGAUGUAGCUGAGCAGUGGAAGAACAAUGAAGCCAAAGCCAUAGAAACAGCCAGAGAAUGGACAAGGCUCUAUGCCUCGAAUAAUAUUUAA